AUGCAAACUGACUGUGUGGGCGCAUGUGGUGAGGCAAAUGCUGCAACACUGCACUGUGGCCAGUCGUACCAACUGCCAAGCACUUCCCACACGGGAAACACCGCGGAAGACUUGGCUUUGCGGAAGGAUUGGAUUGAUUUACAACAGAUUCUGAGUGCCCUCGGCCAGUACCAGCAGCGUGUUGAGCAAGACCACGAUCUGGCGGAAUCAAAGUGUGAAGCCGUUGCCGCCAGAGCCUCCCACACCUCACUAGCUUGCGUGAAUGGCCGCGAGCCGGAGCAGGGCAGCAAACACCUGGUGAUCGAAUCACUACGAGCCACAAUGAAAAAGCAUCUAGAGCAGCUUUUCAAUGAAGCGGAAGCCUGCAGCAAGACAGUCACGUCCCAACAGGGGAUUGUGCCACGGCCGUCCACUGCCAACCGACGCGAAGAAGAAUGCACUUCUCCAAGCAAGUGUAGCUACCAGUUACUGGCUCUCUUCGAUUCAGAUGUUCAUCCACAUGUCUGUGGAAAAAGUCAAAAAGAUAAGCCGUCCGAACACGGGGAAGGUGGGCACUGCUGCCACCGUCGACCGAGUCCAAGAGACGAGCCAAGGCACAGCGACAAACACGGUGGGGUUUCUCCAUCUGAUGGACCGAACCACUUUACUCGUGUCCAAACACAGUCGCAAGAGCCACAUUCGAAGAAUGUAGAUGUUGAGAGCAUGUCACGACGUAUCAAAAUUAAGGCUGCCGCCGUUUCCAGAAGCUCGCCUGUGGCGGGCACUGUCUGCGUCCCUCCCUGCUCGAACCAUCUCCGACACGACAAGGAGCGUCCUUCUUCUCCUUGGCAGGGAGACAUUCCACAGAUGCUUUCCCAGAAGGGUGUGGACGCGUACUUCUUGGGAAAACUACCCAUUGGGCGUAGACGGUCAAGAAGCGCGGUUCGCCGUGGACGGAAAACGAGAAGUCUUUGUCCUCCUAGGCCUCAUAUGGGGAAUAAAGUUUCUCCACCGCACUCAUCGGAAUCGCGGUCACUGAAUGACCAACAGAGCAGCACCAAAGUGGAGAAGAGUAACAAAGACAACAGGGAGAGUCGGAGUAGCUGCACAGACGGUCCCACUGCUGCCGACGGACAGACACCUGAAGAGCUUGUGACUGCCAUACUUCAAAAUCUCGCUGUACAACAGCGCUCCUGUGACGCGAAAGUGGUUGAUGCAAACGCAAAACUGAAUGGCUCGUUUCCGCAAGUGUCAACUGCAGAAGGUCCGGUGUCCAUUGGGAUUCCUCGCUUGGUUCAAUCUCACUACGUUCACCGCCCCGAUGAAGCUCAGGCUCAGCUUUGGAGCCAACGGUCGGGCAAAAGGGAUGUCCUAUACAGGCCACCAUACUGUGGAAGAGACGAAGGAUCUGGGGCUUCCCCAUCUAGCUGCCGCGAGUUGGAGAGCUCCGUGAAACGACGUCCUCAAAAGGCUGAGAAGGUCUGCAAUUCGGUAAUGAUGAAGUUACAGCAAGGCGGCGGCUUGCCGACGACGCAGCCGCUUCCUUCGCACGGCACACUCGGCUAUCAGCCGGCUCAGGCAGACCGCAUUACGAGAAUUCACAGUGAGUUUUCUCCUGACGAAAGUAGUGACGACCACAGGCAGGCGUUAGCUGCAUUUGACAGUGGCAACUUAAGGAAGCCAACGAAGCAAAGCGUUCCGGAAGCGGGGCAAGGAGCAGCGUCACCUGGCCCCGCUGACAACGGCGAUUCAAGCGACAGUGGCUUGUCUGCAAGAUCUUCCUCGUCAGCAUCUACUGAGAGAUCAGAUGAAGAUGGAUUCUGGUUGUACGCUGUUCGACACGCCCAAUCAGGCCGGCGCCAGUGUCCAGCGCGUCGUGGACAUUUGCCGAGUGACCACGAUGCCGUGUCCCUCGAGAUGUCAGUGGAAUCCACGCUGUCUCCAGAACACUGCUGCAAUCAGUCAAGGUCGCCGACCAGUCGGCUUCGUGAACCGCAAACAAGCCAAAAGGCCGCGCUGACGGCAAGUCUCACUCGACCAACGCAUGCAGGCUCUCCUGUCCCAGGAUUACCUUCCUCUCGUUGCCUGGCUUAUCCGAUUGCCAGCACAGGGACUUGUGCACGGAACGACUCCACUCCCAACUCCCCUAAAUACACUCCGUCCGCUGUAGCCUGUGGAAGGGCGAGGACACGGCUGCAAAACAGUGGUUUCCUCGAUGACAACAUGUCUGCUGCAGAAGCGCACAGCCAGGAUGCAGUUGCAGCAGCACAGGCUGCCGCCAUGGCCGCGAAUAUGGCGGCUGCAGCUGCAGCCGAGGCGAGUCGGACAAUUGCCCAAUCCGCCGGCCGGUUGGUUUGCGGGAGUGAAGAGAUGCAGAGUUUCCUCAACCGACCAGAAGUACGCUGUGCAGAUGAGCAGCGCUCUUCCGCUGAGAAGCUGGGCCGUCCAUCAGUCAAUGGAGAAGCGCAGGAGUAUCAGCCCUUCUUUUUUCUAACGAAAAAACUACGGGACGACGGACAGAAAGUCCUAGAACCAGGUGAGGAGCCUCCGCCCAAAAAAGGGUGA